UAUAGAGCGCGUCGAACCGCGCAGCUCUCAGAAGACGUUAACCGGAGAAACGGGACCAGCGCUAGUUCUCCUGCUUGUUGUCGGACUGUACCGGGACACACACGACCCACCGCCCGCCGGAGGAACACCGACUCACGGCCCGGUUGGAAACAGCUCGGCAACGCUGCCACGACUUGUUUAUUUUAACCCUAAAACACAAAAAAAGGACAAACAUGCUCAACAUCUGCCUCGUGCUGGUUUUAUCUGCCUCCGUUCUCUCGGAGUCGGUCAGGGAGACGGAGACCUGGAUGCCCAUGAGGACCACGCAGACCGCCGCCAUGUCCACGCGCCACGACCACCCCGAGUCGUCGGGAGACUCUCCCAACGGCUCCGACUUCGGCUUCACGGACGCCGAAGACGCCAAGAACGACUACGACGCCGAAGACGACGAUGACGACGAGGAAGAGGAGGACACCGACUACUACCCGACACGCUGUAGACGAAGAGGACGAGUUCUCCGGGUCCGGCCACGGAGCAACGACCGCGUCGCCGGCUCGAGGCGCCGCGCCGCCCGCCGAGCCCGAAGUCAACGACAACAAGAUCCCGGAGCGUCCGGUGCCGACCGACGAGGUGGACCUGGUCCAGAACCGCAACGAGAUCCCCCCGCUGAAGAAGGCGGAGCCUGUGGAGGAGCACCCGUCCAACGUCCUCAUGUCCCACGCCAGCGAGGACAGCAUCUUCAACAAGACGGAGGUCCUGGCAGCUCUGAUCGCGGGGCGGCGCCGUCGGCCUGAUGUUCGCCGUGCUCCUCAUCCUCCUCCUCAUCUACCGCAUGAAGAAGAAGGACGAGGGCAGCUACGACUUGGGGAAGAAGCCCAUCUACAAGAAGGCCCCACACCACAGAGAUCUACGCAUAGACCCCCCCCACACACACACACACACACACACACACACACACACACACACACACACACACACACACACACACCUCACUCCCUUAACCCUUAAAAACCCAAUCGGGGCAUCACAGUGCCUCAUCUUCAUCUUCAUCGUACCUCCUCCUCCUCACUUUUCUUCAUUGGUUUGACGACGCUUCGGGGGAGGAGCCCCGACAGCGCGAUUGACUGACUCCUCCCACCUUGUUUGUUGGCGCUCUCUCGACCAAUCGGAGGGCUCCGCCGGUCCUCUCAGCCCUUUCUCUUUUGGUUUUGUCAAACAAAAAAAAACGGGGAGCGACCGGGCAGUGGCCGGUUUCUUUUGUUUUGUGUUUUGAAAUGUUAUUAAUUUGUCCCCAUGUGAAGAAAGAAAACAAACAGAACUUACACGUGAGGCCCCGCCCCCCCCCCCCCCCCCCCCCCCCCCCCUCCCCCACCCCCCCCCCCCCCCCCCCCCCCCCCCCCCAGUUAAAACACUAACGCUGUGCAAUGACGUCUCGGUCAAGUCGGUUAUUUAUUGUCAGUUCUUCCUCACUGUAGAAAAAUUACUUUUAUUAGAUCUUUUUUCUUUUAAAGAACUCCUUGUAACGCAGAGAGAUUUCAUUUAUUUUCUUUUUAUUAUUAAAGUCUUUGAAAAAAUAAUCUACUGGAACAUCCGUUGGAGCCGAUGUUGAUGAUUCACCAGAUUUAGUUAGAGGCUAAAAGUUUAUUAAAAAGGACUUUAGUCUUUUCAACCUUCUGGCAUGUUUUGUACCUCCUCACGCCAGUCUGGCUCAAAGCUCCUGAUCAGUCAGCUAAACUAAUACUGUAUGACCCAGGUCACACACACACACACACACACACACACACACACACACACACACACACACACACACACACGGUUGCAUUGCUGUGUUUUUCCCUGGAGGAUGUUUUACCAUGAUGAUAAUCACCGCUGAGCCUCCAGGGUUUGUUUUCUGUUAUUGUGGUGAACUCGACUGAGUCAAACCAACAUGCUCCUACAGGGUGACACGCCUACAUUCCUCACACACACACACACACACACACACACACACACACACACACACACCAUUACAACUGAAGCUGCUGACCCCCUUUAAAGGAAUAGUUUGGUGGAGCGUUGAGACGAUCGAUACCUCUCUUAUUAUCUGUGAUUUAAAUAUGACGCUACAGCCAACCGAUGGUUAGCUUAGCAUAAAGACGGGAAACUCAUGGACACCGUUAGCUUGUCUUUGUCCAACGUCUCAAGGUCGCAGUUGGAUCGCGUUAAAGAUCCCGUACGCUGACGAUGUGACGCUUCAGCCAACACAUGUUUCUGGUACUUCAGAUUGAUUCCAUCAUACGUUUACGACACGUCGUGAACUCACCGUGUGAACCGGGGAGCCACUUUGUCUCCUUCUGCGCGGCUAGCAGUUUCCCUCCGUUUCCAGUCUCUGUGCUAAGCUAAGCGGCUUCGGCCCUCAUGAAACAAACCGCGCGUUACUUCUGCCUCCUCCUGUCUGUGAAGCUCAUCAGUAGCUUGUUUUAGAACAUUUAUGUUUAAUGAAUGAAAUGAAAAAUACAUUUUUUAAGCUCUGUGAUCGGAGAAACUGGUAGUUUUGGUACGUUCUGUUUUUUGGUUCUCCCGUCCCGGGGGUUUGAUUGGUUCUCCCGUCCCGGGGGUUUGAUUGGUUCUCCCGUCCCGGGGGUUUGAUGCUCCUCGAUAAGCUACCCUGACAUCAGGGUCCGCGCUCACAUUUCAGACGUGUAAAUAGUCCUCCAAACGCACCGUGAACUUGGUACUUCGCCACUUCCUGGCAACGACGAAUAUCUACCAAAUAUUUAAAUGCCAAAUUAUUAUUUGUUUUUUGUUUUCCCCAUCGACAGAAAUGUUCAUGUGACUUCCUGUAAAUGAGAAAUGUUUUGAUACUACGCUAAUACUAACUCCUCAUUGAUCACAAGUGUUUCUUCCAGUAGAGCAACAUGUUCCUAUUAUUGAUAUUAUUAUUAUUUUUUAAUUUAACUGUCAAAUUAUUUUAUUGCCUUUCAGGUUGGGGUGUUCCCCCCCUUUUUUUAAGCUGUUGUGUAUAUGAGAUUUUUCAGAGGCAAAUAGUUUUGAAACUUUAUUUUGUAAGAGUUUCUAUUAUUUUUUUUUUUUAAAUUUUGUAGACUUUUUAAAAAAAAUAUUUGUUGUUGCUUGUUUUUUGUAUUUAUGCCGUUUGUUAGAAGGAUCGCUCACGUGGUCGGCGUUCAGGUGACGAGCCGGCCGAAGCAGACCGGGUCUCCACAUGGUUCUGGGUCUUUGGGGCAAAGAAACAUGUAUUUUAAAAUUCAAGGUCUCGAACAUCUGUGUCUUUGGAGGGAGAGAAUGUUCUCCGGGUUCUCCGGGUUCUCCGGUCUGUGGAGUGGAAUGCGGGAGAAACAAACGUAUGUUCUGCUGCUUAGUGUCUCAAACACCACGAGGGGUCAAUGAAUCAUUGGCCGUGCAGGUUCUGAUUUAUUAUUGGAAAUAAAGCUAUUUUUAUGCACAUUAAA